UCAUAUCGCGUAAUUCUCCAAAAAGUAAGUGACUGAUUUCAAAAUCCCGCGGAACUUGGUCUGUGCAACAUCGCGCGCGACGUAUUAUCGCAUCCAGUCAGCGUGGGAGAACCGUAUAGAUGUACUUUUUGUUUUUAAAUUUUAGAGGUAAAGCAGCUGAAGGUCAACGGCGAAAAUAACUAUUAUAAUAUCAGAAACGGACGGCUGCGGUAAUCGUGAAACAGUGUGUACAAAUUGAUCAGUUUUAUUGGACAAACCGAAUGUUUCAGUGAUUAUUAGUUGGUUUGUGUUUUUGUUAAGUGUUAUCAACCGAAAACCACUUCAAUCGACCGGCAAAAACCUUGUGCAAAAAGGGAUUAUGCUGUUACAUCAAACCAUCCACAAUAACCGUAUCUGUGAUUUUUAUAUGCCAUGAUGGGUCUAUCUUCUAUAUCUGAAAAUGUUGACCGAUCUCCUAAAGGAUCUAACCACCCUAGUGUUAUAGAAGGCAUACAGCUCGAGGAUCUGCAGUAUAUCGACGAGAAUGAAAACAUUAGUUCCACGGAAGCUGGGGACAGUGACAAACAUGACACGAUACCCAAUGGAAAAAUGAUAUUAGAGCCGAAAUUUGUCGACUAUGGCAGUAUUCAUCCAACCUCCGCAGACAUCUCCCAUCAUCAGGCACAACAACACAAUCCGCAUGGAGUUUUGAAUCCCAGAACCUCCACCCUUCUUCCCAUUAACGACGAACCGGCUAACACUUCCCACCAAAGCAAGAUGACACAAGGAGACCUCUACCAGAGACAGCCAUUACUACCGAACCCAAAUAAGGGCGACAAAUGGGGGCACAGUGCCCAUAGCACGAACAGUAACGAAUACUAUGACGAAGAAGAAAUUGUACAAAAAAGUAGUGAGCGAAACGGACAUAUAUCCAUAGAUUUGCCGCCUCCCGUAAGGGAGGAACCAAGGUUUCCACAAGAGAGAUGCAAGACGUUAUUAGCUGCAAUAGUAAUGUUUUUUAGUUUUGUUUUAACCCUAACUUCACUCAGUCUAGUACACGAACGUGUACCCGAUAAAGAGGUCUACCCACCUCUUCCAGAUGUGUUCCUCGACAAUGUACCUGCUUAUAAUUGGGCGUUAGAUGUAUCAGAAUAUAUAAUUAUAUUUUCUGUAAAUACUAGUUUGAUAGCUAUGAUAUUUCACAAACAUAGAUUUAUCGUAUUUAGAAGAAUAUUUUUGUUAAUGUCAUUGUUAUAUUUGUACCGAGCCAUUACAAUGUACGUAACCGUGUUGCCUCUAUCGAAUAGAAACUAUCCAUGUUCACCGAAAGCAAACGGAACGUCGCCACUGAUGAUAGUCAAGAGAGUGGCGAAACUCAUGUCCGGUAUGGGAUUGUCGGUGAAUGGUCAGCACGUCUACUGCGGCGACUUCAUUUACAGUGGACAUACUGUCAUUUUGACGUUUACUUUCCUACUCAUAUCGGAAUAUACUCCGAAGAAAUUGUAUUUGGUGCAUUGGUUGUAUUGGAUAUUAUCCUGCUUGGGAGUCAUAAUGUUGGAGUUAUCUCACGGGCAUUACAGCAUAGAUGUGAUAAUUGCUUAUUUUGUUACUACCAGACUCUUUUGGACAUACCAUACCUUAGCCAAUAAUUCUAUUUUAAAACAACAUUCUCCAAGCAAUUUGCUGGGCCGUGAAUGGUGGUUCUCGUUAUUCCUAUACUUCGAAGGCAACGUUAGCGGUCCGUUGCCGCGGCAGUACAACUGGCCGUUCCCUUGGCCCCGGAGAUGGCAUCUCAAAAGUCGUGAUAGUUAAUGACUCACUGACCCUUAGAGGAACUACUUUAAAAUAUAACUAUAUGUGAUAAAUGAGUAACGUGUGUUUGCCUUAAAUGACUACAUCUUGCUCUUUAUAUAUACAUUUACAAAAGUGUUUAUUUUCGCUGGAUGAUGAUUUUUAAAUUUCUCACUCUUUUAGGAAUCUAUCUUAAAUUUUUAUAUAAUAUAUUUUAUAUUAACUAUUUUUCAACUAACACAUAGGAAUUUAUAUGAAACAAUGCUGUGUAUGUUAUUAUCAUUAUCCUUAUUACUAGAUCUUAAGUUUCAAAUUGUUACGUCUCAUUCAAUGGAUUUCUGUGAAAUGUUGAAGAUAUACACCCGGCCGCGUAUUUCCGUUUGCGUGUUCAUUUCACGACAGCGCGGCUUUGAAAUAGACACCGAAACGGCAAGACAUAUUUGGUGAGAAACAAGUGUUGAUUUGAAAGAGCUAACCUCCCAAACUACGUACGGGUUUGUAUUGCACUGAAACAUACGGCGUUGGAAUGCUACAUACCAGUGCGAAAUAGAUCUAUUCUACUACGUCUAUUCGUUUCACGUGUUGUUUAUUAAUUUGCAUUUGUACAAAAAGCAUUUUCAAAUAAAUGUAUUUGUGUUUUAUACUAGGUACUUCAAAUUUCAAAAAUGUUUACGCCAUUAUUUUUUGUAAAUCGACUCUAUUACCAAUACUUCUUAUAUGUAUACCAACUUUAUGCAAAAUGACGUUGUUAACCAAAAAAUUUUCAUUCGUUGAAUCUGUAGAAAUAAAACAUUUCGUAAUAUCAAAGUUUCCUUUUUUAUAAAUUUUAAAAGAACUCAAAGUAGUACCAAAAUAUUCUAUCUUAAAAAAAUAUGAUACGUAUACGUUUUUUGCAAUGCGCCAUAAUACUUUAAUGUUCUGUUAAAAACACGCACAUAAAAUCACAAGUACGUGUUAAAUUGUCACCGGUUUUUUUUUAUUGUUUUUCGACUGUUUAUCACAAAUAGCUCCUAUCUGCAGAAUCACAAAUUAUUCAGUUGGAAUUAAAAUAUGUUUUUAAUAGAACAUUAAAGUGUUAUUGAACAUUUCGAAAUAAGAAGUAUUGUAUUCACUUCAAAAAUGUUUACGUAUCAUAAUAGUUUUUUAACGAUAGUCUUUUGGUACUACCUACUUUGAGUUUCUUGAAAACUCAUAAAGAAAAAGGAAGGAAACUUUGGUAUCGCGAAAUUGUUUUAUUUCCACAGAUCUAACGAAUAAUAAUUUUUUGAUUAAAUAAGUCAUUUCGAUAUGUAAAUAUUAAAAAAUUUGGAAUUUUAAAGUAGUAGAAAACACAAAUACAUUGAUUUGAAAGUGGUUUUUUUACACAUGCAAAUUGAUAAACAACACAUGAAACGAAUAGACGUAGUAUUGUGCAAUGGUAUGUAGCAUUCCAACGCCGCAUAUUUCGGUACAAACCCGUGAGUAGUUCAGAGUUUCUGUACAAACCUCUUUCAAAUCAACACUUGUUUGGAACCAAAUAUGUCUUGCCGUUUCCGUGUCUAUUUCAAAACCGCGCUGUCGUGAAAUGAAAACGCAAACGGAAAUACGCCACCCGGCCAAAUGCGAUUUUGCUAAGAUUAUUUUGGGAAUCUCAUGUAUAUAUUGUUAGUAAGUGGAUUUUGCAAAAUGAUUUUCAGUAACACUAACUCAUUACUAUUGUCAAUUCUCAUUUUUUCUAUAAGUUCUGAUUAAUAUAGCUUUCAAUGUGGACGUAAUCUUUGUACAGUAAAAAUUAUCAUUGGAAUCUCAUUUUUUUUUAAGAAAAACUUCAAAGUAGCCCCUAAUCUUGCCUUUUCAUUCAUAGUCUGUAUCCAUUGAAUGAGAAAAAGAAAAAAUAUGUUACCUGUUAAGUCGUAGUUCAUCUGUUUUAAUUUGAAUUAUCUUGUUUGUAGAUUAUUGUUUACUUGUGCCAAUUUUGGAAGUAAUAGCUUAAACCUUAAUCAUAUUCUCAAUUUAAUUUUUUUAGUAAUUAUAACAGAUCGUCGUACAGAAACUACUUUACCGUGUGGAUGUGAUUGCAAGGUUGAGAUCGAGCGGUAGAGAAGGUUUAUGUUUUUCUUGUAUGAUAGAUUGGUCUUUUAUAGAACGUUGCUUCUAUGGAGAACUUGAAAAUAAUCUCAUAGCACACGGUUUAUAAUGUUUAUUAUCUGGAGAGAUUGCCGAAUCUGAAUUUAUUGUAAAAAACUUACAAUGAAGGAUAAGUGUAAUUGGUAUAUUUGUAAAAUUACUCAAAUAAUAAACAUAUCUAGACGGGUUACCAUUUUAAAACGUUUUUAUAUACUUGGCUUGGUCGGUGACACGGACUCCGCAAAUUUUGUAAUCGAUUUUAAACAUAGUUCUAGGCUACCUAGGCACCUGAAAUUUUCAGAAUAGCUGAGAACUAGCUAACAAAGCAAUAUUUAACUGCUAUUAUUUGGAUAAAUCGAUUUUUUUAAUUUCAAACUAUUUUAAAAAUGUGACUAAUGCAAUGACAUUUGGAUUCCAUUUCUAAGUACGUCAACAAAUCGAUAAUUACAAAUUUAUUGUGGCUCAGUGGUAAAGCAUUAGACUGCUGAUCGAAAGAUCCCGUAAAUACCAUUUUAAAUAUUUUCUUUGAUUUGUAUGAGAUUAAAUCCGCUAGAGAAAAUGUUCCCUCUCAUUCUGCGAAGCUCUUAGAGCAGCUGAAGAUAGUGACCAAUGGAGAAACAUUGUUAGGAGUAUUAGAAGAAAUCAUGAUCCUCAGCAAUGGGGAAACGACAAGAGAGAGAGAGAGAGAGAGAGAGAGAGAAAAUAUGCUUCUAAAAAAGUCAAUUACAAAAUUCUUUUCUUACAGAAAUUGAAACAACAAAAUAGUUUAUAAUUUUAUAUUGGGUCCUAUAAAUAAUGAAAACGCUUUAUUAUACAGUGCUAGUCAAAAGUCCGUACCCCCCCUCGUAUCUUUUGAACGGUUAUACCUAUAAUAGUGAAAUUUGGAGGGAGGAAAUAAACGGACGUAACCUUCUUAACUAGUCAUGACAGGUGACGUAAUUAUGACAGAUGACUUUACAGCGCCACUGUGACAGAUAAUUUUAAAUGGGACCUUAUGGCAAGUGAUACCUCGUUUGAAAGGUAUUGAAAAUAUCUAUUCAGUCAUACUAAUUUUGUUUGGGUUUAAGCUAAUUUUGAUGAAUAAAUGAAAUUAAUAUAAAAUUGUAGUUUCGCAUUUAAUUAAUAAAAAUUUAAAAUUCCGCAUAUGAUUACUUGUCAAUAAAGGUUGACAUUGACGUAAAAACUACUAGAGAAUUGGAAAACGUCAACUUUUUUGACAAAAAAACCAUAGGCGGACAUUUGAAUUUUUAUUAAUUAAAUGCGAAACUACAAUAUUAUUUUUAUUUCAUUUAUUCACCAAAAUCGAAAUCAGCUAAAACCGAAAAAAAUUAGCAUGACUGAAUAGGUAUUUUGAAUACAUUUCAAACGAGGUAUCACUUGCCAUAAGUUCCCAUUUAAAAUUAUCGGCCACAGUGGCUCUGUAACGUAAUCUGUCAUUAUUACGUCACCUGUCAUGACUAGUUAAGAAGCUUACGUCCGUUUAUUUCCUCCCUUUAAAUUUCACUAUUAUAGGUAUAACCGUUCAGAAGAUACGAGGGGGUACGGACUUUUGACUAGCACUGUAAAAAGUUCUCUUUUAUAAAAGUGUAAUUAUUUAAACCGUUUUUACUACUUUAUCAAUGAGACCUAAGUAAUCUGAGUUAAAUGAACAAAAUGAGUAAAAUUUUGACUGUUAAUCUAAAAAAAUCUGAAAUGAUUACUUUCUUGAGUACAUAUUUAAAAAAAAAACACCAAAUUGUAUUAAGGUACGUAUACAUACAUGCUGCACGUGCAGCAUGUUCGUUAGAUUAGUACGUGUUUUCGUGGCAUAUGUAAAAUACCUUUAGCAGUUUACCCCUCAAAAGACGCUUAGAAAGCGAAUAUACGGACUAAUUUUUUUUGCUUUUCUAAUGCUCCAAACCUUCUUUAUUCGAUGCUAUAUACAUAUUUGUCUAUAUUUUUCUAAGUUGAAAUGUACUUUUUUUUGAGAAAACUAAUAAGUAUUUUUGAAAAAUUUAAACGUAGAAUGUAAUAUUACAUUAUUACCGAGGGCCGAAAGUCCCUGAAAACUUUUAUAAUGAUUAUCCUAAUAAGUUGCAGGAGUGAAAAAGAAGGGAAAAUUGAGUAUGAUUUUUAAUUUCAAAUAUAUCAUUCAAAAACUUCUUGUUUGUUCUAAGGGACUUUCGGCCUUCGGUAAUAAUGUAAUCUUUCAUUCUCAGUUUAAGUUUCAAAAAUAUUUAUUAGUUUUUUCAGGAUUCAAAAAAAUGAAUGCAUUUAAAAAGCAUUGGCCCGAAAUUUUGCGCCUACGCUCUUAAUGGAUUGAGAUAUGAAAAUACCUGCUUCAAUCAAUGCAUUAUGUCUGGAGUGUUCAGCUUUGAAUCCAUAUUGGAAAUUUGGAAUGAUAUGAUUUGUUUCUAAUUAGGAAUUUUAUGAGUCUCUCCUUGAGUAUCCUCUCGUAGACUUUACCUAGAGUGUUUAGAAGAGAUAUUGGUCUAUAGGAAUUUCAAUAAUUGUACAAAUAUACCAAUUACACCUAGAAGUUUUUACUUAAUUGCAAGGUUUAUAAUGUUUAUUACCUGUAGAGGAUACCUAAUCUGAAUUGAUUGUCUACUUUUGUAUUAUUGUUAACAGUGGCUAUCUUAUUUAUUAUUUUAUCAAAUAAAAUGAAAUUUUCUAUGUGUU